AUGGCGGCGGAGGCGGCGGUCGAGAUUCUCAAAUUUCCUACAUCGUCCCCAGCGGAUACGACGCCUCUGGAGAGGCUGAAAGAGGCUGGGUAUAACGCAUCCCAGAUCUUGGCUGUGGUUGGCAAGACCGAAGGGAAUGGCUGCGUCAACGACUUUUCCCGCACGCUCGCGUCUACCGUGUGGGAACCACUGAUCCCAAAGGACGCCGUGACCAUUUUCUCCGGUGGGACCGAAGGCGUGCUCAGCCCGCACGUCACGUUUUUCGUGCGCGCCCGGGACGGUCAGCGUACGGGCCUCGUCGCCUCGAUCGGGCGCACGCGGGUCCUGGAGCCUCACGAGGUCGGCACGCCAGAACACGCCGCGCAAGUACAACAGACGGUGGGCGGGAUGAUGCGCGCCGCAUCCCUCGCGGUGGGGGACGUCCACCUCGUCCUCGUCAAGUGUCCGCUGUUGACGUCGGCGAAGAUCGAGGCCGCUCGCGCACAGGCCCGCGUGCCCGUCACGACAGACACGUACGAGUCCAUGGCCAGGUCGCGGUACGCGAGUGCCGUGGGGAUCGCCUCCGCGCUGGACGAGUUGCCGGACGGUGGCCGGCUCGAAGACGUCCUGGCGUCACAAAACACCUGGAGCGCAAAGGCGAGCUGCAGCAGCGGCGCAGAGCUGGAAGACUGCCACGUCCUUGUCCUGGCGACGGAUCCGGCUGCUGCGGGAGGGGAAACGCCUUACAACCUGCACGCACUCUCGCGGUACAUGGCCGACGCGAUCGACGCGGCCGCCAUUCUCGCCCUUCUCGAGACGGUAAAGAGGCACAACGGCACCGUCGUCCAGGUCUUUGCAAAGGCCGAGGCCGAUCCAAGCGGCCACGUCCGCGCGUGGCGCCACACCAUGAACACGGACAGCGACAUCCACAGCACCCGCCACGCGAGGGCCGCGGUUGGCGGCUUGAUCGCCGGGUUGGUCUCUGAUUGUCAGAUCUACGUCAGUGGAGGGGCGGAAGGGCAAGGGCCAGCAGGCGGUGGGAGUCUGUGUAUCGUAUAUAGAACUGAAUAG